CUAUAGGUGGCGCAUGCGCAUUACCGUCUGACCGCAGCCGCUCAGAAGCGUAGAAGAAGAAUCCUGAAGGCUGAAGAAAAUGUACAAGGCUGGAGGAGUCGCUGGAGCCUCUGGAACUCUGGGAUUGUUUUCAGCCUCAGUGCUGGCAGCAUCCGCUGAUGACAAACCCACAACAACACUCAGUGUAGAGGAGUUGUCUUUGUACAGUGUGCCGCAGCAGAGCAUCCAGCAGGGGGAGUCUGAGAGAGGACAGCUGGAGGAGAGAGUGGCUGAACUCAGACUAAUGACAGAGCCAUACCUCAGCUGGUGUCAGCAAACGGCCAGAUCAGCCAAACAGACAGUCCAGGGUGCCUAUGGAGCGAUGAAACCCAAAGUUGACAGCACUGUACAGUUUGGACAGAACAGUUAUGCCUACUUGAAGAAUCCUCCACCUGAGUUUUACCCCAGAGCCGGAGUCAUCGGCUUUGCUGGAAUCCUGGGACUUUUUCUAGGAAGAAGCUCCAGGCUGAAGAGACUGAUCUACCCAGCGGGUUUAAUGGCAGUGGGAGCGUCUAUGUAUUAUCCUCAAGAGGCUGUGACCAUCGCAAAGAACACAGGAGACAGUGUAUACGACUGGGCGCUUCAGGCUUAUGUUGCUGUGGAGAAACUCUUUAAAGACAAACCCGCCUCAAAGAAAGACCAGCGGAAGGUGAACAUGUCUCGUGCAUUACAUUCAUGCAUUAGAAGGAUUUAGAAUGACUUGCAUUGC